AAAAUAUUGAUUUCCUGUGCCUUGUUUGUGGCAGCACAGGCUGGCUAUGCUCCUGCCAGUUAUGGCGGACAAAAAUCAUCGAUUGCCGGCUUUGCCGCGCAAUUACAACCGGCUGUUACUCUUACUGUAUUGCCCUCCUAUGGAGCUGGUUAUGGUGGUGCUCCUGCUUAUGGUGCCGCUCGUGCUUAUGGUGCUCCUCAAGGCUCUCAUGGCUAUGGUUCCGUUGCCAUCCCAAUAAGCAGUGGCAGUGCCGUUGGUGGCGUUGAUGCUGAUGCUUUGCGUUUGGCUAGUUUAGUUUGGGCUUUACCUUCUGCUGGUGGUCCAAAUGCUGCCAUUAUCGAUGUUCCCCAAUACUCAACCACCACCUACACAGCACCUGCUGUUGUUCUUGCCUCUGGCAAUCAUGGUAACGCUAUUAGUGGUUCAUCUGCUGCAGCUGCAGCGGCUAAUGUUAAAUCAGCCAGCUCUGGCUAUGGUCCAGCUCCUGCUGCUCCCGCCUAUUCCGCUGGCUCUGGUUAUGGUCCAGCACCUGCUGCUUCCUAUUAA